CAAGAGGUGAGAACCCUCACAAUGCUACAGCUGCAAUGGCUGGCUGCAUGAAUAUUAAUUUCUGUGACUUCAGUUCACCCACACACUAAGCAGCUUAUCCGUCAGGCUGCAAUCCACCCUCCAACGCGUUGCACCUCUCAAUUGCUCCACCAUGUCCAUAGCAGCGACGCUCCCCGAUCAGCUCGUAUACCUGAUUAUUCGCUUCGCGACGUCUAUUCCCGACCUUCCGCUAUCAAUAACGGCGCCGAGAACUACUACAACACUUUCCCUUAAACAACUCAUCCGACCAAACCUGCCUCAUGCCCAUGCCUCAUCGCGUCUUCGCCUCAUCUAUGCUGGCAAGGUCCUCACGGAUGCAGCGCCCUUGUCUACCUCAUUAAGGAUUCCACCACCUCUGCCGCCCCGAGAUGGAGCGUACAACGAGCAUGGACCUGGCAGCAAGAGCAAGGGGAAACAACCUGUUCGGGAGUCACCUGCAGAAGGCGAAGGAGCAGAUACACAACACCACGGGGCACAGAGGUACUAUAUACACUGUUCGCUAGGAGACGCUCUAUCUCCCGCCGAUCUCGUCGCAGAAGCCGCCGGAGCCCAAAACGCCGAGAUCGCUCUCCAAAAGCAAUACCAGACGUCGCACCCCUCUAGUACGCUGCGACGCUCCAGCACAAGCGGAGCCAAUGCGGGACGGAGGAGAGGAAGUUCGACGACGACUCCCGCGCCGCAGGGCUUUGACAGGUUGCUAGCGUCUGGGUUUACCGCGCCGGAGGUAGCGACACUAAGAUCGCAGUUCCAGACCAAUUUGUCGUAUACACAUACCCCGGACACCAUGCCGAGUCCGACGGAAAUGAGGGCGAUGGAAGAUAGGUGGUUGGACUCGACAGCUACGGAUCCCUCUCCUGCCCUGACGGGGGACACGGAAACGGGAUGGGGUGCUGGGUUGACGGUAGAGGAGGGAGGUCUGGAUGAUAUGCUAUAUGGGUAUCUAACGGGCUUCUUCUGGCCUCUCGGAGCGCUGAUAUGGGGAUUUAGGGAAGAGGGCGUCUGGCCGAGGAGAAGACAGCUUGCGGUUGUAAUGGGGGUGGUGUUGAAUGCGGCAUUUGGGUUCUUGAGGUGGAGCUCUUGAGCUCGGGAACCCCACCGAGGCUCUUUUACACUUCGUCAAUAAGCCAUGUUCAUGGGUAGUGAAGCAUGGCCGAUUCAUUAACUAAUUCAAUACAACGACUAAAAU